AUGGAAAACAGAUUAGAGAUAACUGUGAUCUCGGCGAGGGAUCUCAGAAACGUGAGGAGGGUUUUCAAGAGCCAUAUGAGAGUCUAUGCCGUGGUUUCCGUCAGCAGCGAUCCCAAUAAAAUCCAGAGAACGCCCGUCGACCAAAAGGGCGGGACGAAUCCCAACUGGAAUUGCACCAUGAACUUCAGUCUUGGUGAGUGCGAUUUGUCCGUCCACCGGAACAAACCGAUCCUCCUUUCCUUCAAGCUCUGUUGCAACCGGACUCGGGGCGACAAGCUUUUAGGGGAGGUCUUCGUGCCCAUCAUAGAUCUUCUCAACAACGCUCCGCCCACCGGGAAUUCUACGCCGACGCGUACAAUCUCUUGCCAGGUCCGUGAUCUGUUAGGAAAUCUGCAUGGUAUACUGAAUUUCUCGUAUAAGUUUCGUGGCACAGGCGGCUGGCAGCAGCAGCCGGGGCAUGGCACCUUCCCCUCCGAUGGUGCAUCAGAGACGUCCCCAUGUACGCCGACGGUUGCGGCAGAUGUGGCGGAAAAAGGAAUCGACGACCAGUCUCUCGGGGAAGAGGAACCGGAUCAAUGUCAGAGCACGGCUGACUCAGAGGAGGGAGAGGAUUCUGACUCUGAGGAUUAUGAGGACGCGGAUGACCAUUUGCAGCAGGAUGUGAUUUAA